GACUUGGUUUGCUCUGAGAUAAUUGCGACAAGUACGAGAAGGAGAACAACCUCUGCAAACGUAUUGAUAUUGCUAUUCGUAUCUGCUGCACAUGAAUCGUUAUCGCAACGCCCCCGGGGCUCGAGGCCCGUCCAAGGCAACUCCCAGCACGCUGUGUCAAAAGUGCUUAAAACGAGGACACUAUAGCUAUGAAUGCACGGUGACGGCCCAGGAUCGGCCAUAUACCUCGCGUCCGUCGCGUACACAGCAACUGUUGAACCCCAAACUCAGGCCGCAACUGUCAACGGAAGUCCCCAAUGAUCUUUUGCGCACCAAAGGCGUCGCCGAUGAGAUCUUGGCCAAACGCGAAGAAGAUCGUGGCCGAAAGAGGGACUUGGACGAAUUCGGUCCCCGUGAUGCCCAGGAACAAAGCUCAAAAAGAGCUCGUUCGGUAUCAUCGCAUUCCACAAAUUCCGUGUCUACGAUAUCUACGAGUCGCUCGCGCUCGGAGUCGCCCCCUCGUCGCUCCGGCUACACUGCGCGAAGUGGCCGUGACCGGUCAAGAUCGGUGUCCUCGCAUCCGUCUAGGCCAAGGAAGAGGAGAUACAGCGACUCAUCCGGAUAUACAGGCUCUUCUCCCUCACGGGAAGGGGCACGCUCUCUGUCACGCGACUGGCCUGAUGAUAGGAACACCAGGCGGAGACAUCGAGAGUCCAGCCCUGCCCACCGUGGUCGAGCAGUGAAUGUGUCACACGAACGCAGAGAAAGAAGUCGCAGUCGCAGUGUGGACCCAGGCCGGAUUGUACGAGGCCGACGUUCCAUCACCCCGGCAGAUCUAGAUGAUGACCACAGGAACUCUAAAGGAUAUCCAAGAGAUCAUCUGGGUCGGCAUGAUAGCAGCCGGGGUCGUUUCAGCCAGGCGCAGGACAAACGAGGUGGGCGCGAUCAAGGCCACGUCUCGUCUCAAGCUCCUCCAAGAGAACGGAGUCUCAGUCCUUACAGCAAGCGUCUAGCUCUAACUCAGGCCAUGAAUAUAUCAUAAUGGGGGUUGGCCCCCUUUUGGAAGUAUAGGAAGGAACGGCAAAAGAGAAAGGACGAGAAUCAAGGGGGGAAAGAGAACGGCGGAGAGAACAAACGCGACUCGAUGAUUCUUCUGGGGAUUUGCUUGGGGAAUUCAAGCAAGCUGGAGUAGAACUAUAGACAUGACACCCUGUAUUAUACUAAUUGAAAGGAAAA